AUUGUUGUGAAUCUUUGUAAUACUAGAUUAGUCAAUUUAAAAAAUAUAUCAACGAUUUUUCCCCUUAAAAAAUGUUCUCUGUUCAGUUUUUAUGACAAUGUGUAUGUACUUUUCGCUGUUUUAAAAAACUCCAAAUAACAACUCUACUUCCGUUAAGCAUCUUUUUUCAAUUCCCUUUAAUUUAAUUUUAUUAUGCCGUAUUUCACAGUCGAGGAAUUCGAUGAACAGGUGUUAAAUAUUACAAAUGAACUGAAUGAAUUUAUAAACGAAAACAAUCUGAAUAAAAAGGAUAUAAACCCCGAGGAAUACGGAGUUUUUGUAUUCUACAAUCAUGAUGUUGACGGAAUAUGCUCAAUGUUUAUACUAGAGCACCAUACCAAAUUUAGAAAUGGCUUAAAAUUAACAGCAUACCCUAUUUUAAAUGAAUCGGAUAUAUACACAUACAUAAAGAAGACAUUGGCAAUAAAAACCGCAUACCCGUCAUUGAAGUUUGAUAAAUAUUUGAGAGUUAUAUUGCUGGCAAUAAACGGUUGGAAUGAGCAGAUUUUAUACUCGAUAAAGCUAUACUUCGAACGUUUCUUGCCAGAAAACCUGAGAAAAUUUUUAAAGAUAGUAAUAAUAACAACAAUAAGACCCCUCUCUUUUUACAACACAAAACACACCGAUGAAUGGUACUUCUUUCUCCAAGAUAACAACGAUAAAUUGAAUGAAAUACAACAGGAAGAAAAUUACAAAGACGACAACGUCGUUAUCAACAACUUCUAUAAAAUUAAUUCGACGUCAUCGUUGAUAGAAUCCGUUGUAGAAUGUAUAAAUGAGUGUGAUAAGGCCAUCGUGUUAUUCGCAACCUGUAUAGGAAUACUAAGCUGCUAUGAGUUUACCAACAUCGAGAACUCUAGUUUAUCGCAGCAAAUAAGGAGUAAUUACUUCAAAAUAUUAUCAUUGCAGGGUGGGCCGUACGUUAUUUACGACAACGACAAACUGCUGACGCCACUAAUAACUUUAACUACUUUCGAAGAAUCAUUGAAAAUAAGCCCUUACGUGUUAAUAUACGACCCCCAUAUCACAAACGAUACUUUGUCCGAUAUCAGGAUCUUUUGCAACCUAAAAUUGAACGAAUACAACUCCAACUUUACCAACCUAUCUCCAUUGAAGCAGAAGAAUGUUUUGUCACUGCUGAAGAAUAAGCUGAAUGUAAAGAGGAAUACAGGCCAGCUUUGUUGGAAAAGAAGAAUACUGAAUAUAACGUCGAUAGACAUUUUGUAUAUAUUGCUAUUUAUACUAAAUAAAGAAAAUAAGAUAAUAAUUAAGGACUUCUUGUAUAAUAUAUUGAUAGAAAGAAUAAAUGAAGACAGCCACUACGACAAGAAUAUCUUGUACAAACUGAAAAAUAAGACCUAUGAGUACAUCAGGAGCAUUUAUCAACUGAUCAUCAACUGUAAAAUAAAAUCUGUAAACACAAGUUAUAACACAAUUCUUACCACCACCAUAUACCCAAACAUUAUAUUAAACCAAUCUUAUCAUUUGAAUUUCAUAUCAUAUUUGAUCAUAUCGAUAUACAAUAAAAACAAGGAGAAAUCGGAGAAUAAUUUGUUACUACUGUUCAUAAACAAUAAAAAUAUACCCAAGAUGAACAACAAGAACAAUGUUAACGCCUCAGGAGAGUACAGAAGGAACAAAAACAGCGAUUUAGACGAUUCAUUGCUGGUUUUUGGAUAUAACCAUGAUUUAAACAACAACCUCUGGCCCAUGGUGUUCAAGUCGCUGUCGCACCAGAACCAGUCCUUCGUGCAGGAUUAUUUCAACCCGAACCUCCUUUCAACCAAAUUGGGAGAUAUUGAGUACAUCAGGAAGAUAAUCAUCGAGAAUUUUAAGAUUAUCCAGCAGAUCAAAUAUAACCAGGAAGACGAGAUAAGUCAGGAGCUUGAGAGUCUACAGGAGGACUUGGAAGAAUGAAUAACUAGGGUAUACAUAAAUUUUAAGUGUAAAAUAUUAAUUUUUUAUCGCAAUAAUC